AUGCCCGUCACGUCCAUCACGCCCGUCAACGCCCUUGAACGUCUCGUCGUCGGCGUUGGGGGCGUCGGGGGCGUCGGGGGCGUGCGCGGCAUCGCAGUCGUCUUUAUCAUUGUCGUUCUCGACAAUACCUUCGAAGUCAAUGAGCUUUACAUGAUUGUGUAUGACGACCAUGUUAUGGCAUCCAACAUCUGCGUGCAAGAUGCGGUUUUCGUGGAGGUGGUGCAGUCCCAUAGCCGCGUCCUUUACCCAAUGAAACUUUUGAUCCAGCGAAAUGUUCGGGUCUCGUCGCUUGCGGAAUUCUUGAAGUGGUGUUCCGCGUUCCAGAACCGCAUGCCCACCGUCGGUAGCCCCCAGGUAUUGAACUAUGUUUGCGUGCGAUCCGAGGCGCGCAAAGACUUCUCGCUCCACAAGGAUGUCAUUUGA